GGUAAUCGCGGUUUGCAAACGGAGCAUGGUGGUGUUUUGACGACAGUAAAAUAAAAAUUCCUCUUCCAUGUGUUUGACGAGGGCAUCAUGUUUUUGGACAACAUUCAAACUGAGUUUUAUAACGCGAUAUUAGGAAACAGAUGCUUAUUGUUAGUCAAUUUUGACAUCGAUGCGAUAUGUGCAUGCAAGAUAUUGCAGUACCUUUUAAAAAAUGACAACAUUGUAUAUACACUGGUUCCUGUGCGUGGAAUUCACGACUUAGUUCAAGCAUAUGAAGAAAACUGUGAAGAGGUGAAAUAUGUAAUAUUAGUAAAUUGCGGUGGAACAUUGGAUAUUGUGGAACUCCUACAGCCAGAUGAAAAUGUGGUAUUUUACAUUCUCGAUAGCCACAGGCCUUACGAUUUAUGCAACGUGUACUCAGAGAAUCAAGUCAGAAUCCUAGGACAGCCUGACAAUGAAGAAAAGAUACCAGAUUAUAACGAGGUCUUUCGAGAUAAUUCUUCUGAUGAAGAAGAAGACACAGAUGAAGAUGAUUCGAGUGCAGAGGCAGAAAGCAGACAAUCAAAACGACGUCGAUUAAAUGAAGAAGAAAUUGAAAAACGAAGAAACCGAAGACUGUGGGAUGCGAAUAGAACACAAAUUAUGUUCAAUUACACUCAAUACAGCUACUAUGGUCGAUCGAGUGCUGUGAUAAUCUAUGAGUUGGCGUGGAAACUCUCACGAGAUACAUUGGAUGUGGCGUGGUGGGGGAUUGUAGGAGCUACAGAACAAGCAAUUCUUGGAAAAGUUGAAUCCAGGGUUAGCGUUUUAGAAACAGGAAAUCUCCAGAGUCACGUUUCAAGACUAAGUCAUAGAGUUACGGACAAUGAAACGCAGCAUGCCACGGCGGUCAAACUGACUUACGACAAGGACCUUCAGCUAGCCCUGUACCGUCAUUGGACAGUUGAAGCCAGUCUGAAACAUUCCGUGCCAACAGCGGUCUCACUUCGCUUAUGGUCUUUAAGAGGUGAAAAUCGCCUUAGAGAACUCCUGGCUGAGAUGGGUUUACCUCUGGCACAAUCCAAGCAGCGAUUUUCUGCCAUGGAUCUCAGCUUACGACAUGAGUUUAAGCAGAUGGUUGAAAAAUUAGCAACGAAAUACAAUUUCGACAGCAUCGUUGGUGCUAGCUUUACGCUGCAGUACGGAUAUAGAUUUAAAUACUGUGCCUCAGAUGUGGUAUACUCUAUGUUGGCCUUACUUGAGUCCACGACUAAAGACAGAUUACCACAACACUGCUUUUUAGAUGCUUUGGACUGCCUAUCCCGUAAGAAAAAAGAUGUUGUAGAAAGAGGCAUAGAAAAGGCAAAAUUGAUGCUUAGCAACAUUUAUAAGACAGCUCAAGGCAUCUUAGAAAUGAAACAAGUAAAGAAUGCGGGUCCAUUUCUUUAUAUUGUUAUCCAAGACGGCACGUUAGAUACUCAGUUAUUUGCACAUGAGCACGCAUUGAUCAUGUUGGCACAGUUUACACUAAAAGCCUAUGUAGAAACAUCAAGAUACAGGAACGCAACUAAGUGGCCACUGAUUGCCACUGCACCUUUCAGCGAAGAAGAUGGUACUUGCCUUGUCGUUGGUAUUCCACCACUAUGCGAAGAUCAACCUAGAAGCCUCUUUGGAAGGGCAUUCGAGCAAGCUGCUAAAAAUACCAGUUCGUAUAUAGAGGCAGACUACUUCGAUACAACAAUAAUAAGACUGAAGAUUCAAGAGCGGCCAAAGUUCUUUGAUGCAUUGACAGCGCUCCUGAUUAUGUAAAUUGUUAAGUAGAAAUAUUAAAAUGUAGUUUAUAAUUUUUAUUGUAGUGGAUAUCAAUCUAUCUAUACAAUUCAGAUCACUUGCUCACAGGUGAUUAGCAAUGUAUAACAAUGCAACUAUGGGUAUUAUGAUCAACAUUUCUAAACCCAGACAUAUUUUAGAACCAGCGACGUAACAAGCUUUAACUUUAUUUUAAUCGAAUCUAUAGUUUAAUUUAUUUGACGUAUUAAUCUAAUUUCACAUUACCUUCAACUAGAUUUCCUUGACAAAUUUUAAACGUUCAGAUAAUAUUAGACAGUUUUAGUGUACUGUUCAUCAAUAUUUGAAUUUCCAAAAUGUUAAAUUUGUUGAUUGAAUCUUUAAUAAGGGAUUUCAAGAACUUGUUUUAUUUGACGACUUGUUUGAUAAAUUUCCUCCAACAAUUAGGAUGUGAUCAAACUACUAUAAGGUACUGUCACUAAUUCGUUUAGUUUUGAGUCUCACUAAGUUUUUGUCAGUUGACCAUACGUGAAGUAAACUUCAGUAAAGUAGAUUUAUUAGCAGAAUUAGAUUUACGUAUAAGAUGAAAUGAGAAUAUUCGUAAAUCAUACUGUUGAGUAGUUGAUUCUGGUGGCUACGCCGUAAACAGGCAUCUCUUGUGCGAUUGGGUACAGGACUUAUGUCACUUUGAAGUUUAGCCACAGAUGUGUUCGAUUGAAUAAUAAACCCGUUAUUGUACAUAGAAUGAUUUUAAGAGUGAUACUAGACUUAGCUGUAACGAUAAUGUAAGAAUCAAUUUAUAACCUAGGGUCAUGGUCAACCGUCGAACAUUCAUAUGAUAAUUUGAUACAGAUAUUACGCAAUAAGUAAAAGUGAACCGAAUAAAUAUAUGCGUUUUUUA